AUGAAGACCCUCAUUCUUGCCGCUUUCGCUAUUGCCGCUGUUGUUGCUGACACUUAUGGUGGAUAUACGAGCUUCGUUUUGAAGAAUCAAUGCAAUCACGUGAUUUCUGUGUAUCGGACAGGAAAUAAUCGGCCGGAGACGGACCAGUGCAUCCUGCCGACCGGUAUCGGAUGUGCUAUUGCCUUCAAGAACCACACUCGGUUCGAGUUCAGGGCGAACAAGGAAGGUGAGUAGUGGAACGUGCUGUGUUUUACAAUUAGAUACUAAUUGGGAACAAGGGUAUCCUGCACCCGAUUUGACUACUUGACCCUUGCAAAUAUCUGAGGGACAACCUCCCAAAGAUCAACACACCUAUGAAGGUUCGAACCGCGGUCCAAUGAAUGAACCAACAAAAUAUUUCUAUAAAAUACUACGACUUUUCGGGUCAGCCACAGUUCGGGCCAACGAUACUAUGGAUCGUUGUAUGCAUGGGGACGCUAGGAGAAGGCUUAUGUUAGUUAGUAGAAAAGGCGUCCGCCGACCAUCCAGCGACUUUGCCAGGCCUCGUAGGCACUUCCUACAAUCUUCUUUCGGGUAUCCACCUGCCCUACGCCUCGUAUCGAUCGAUUUUGUGUCGACCCGAACUGUCGUCGACCCGAAAAGCCGGCAAGCGAAAAAUUCUAGACGUCCGAAGGGCAAAUUUGACAUCAUCAAAUUUAAUGUUCUUUGCAAAAUCCAAUCCAAAUUUGAUCAUUGAAACUCCCUAUGAAAAAAAAAUAUAAAAUAUUUUUUUAGGCCGUGCGCUAAGCAAGUUCACUAUCAACUACAACGACGACUUCGUAGACACUUAUGAAAUCGACGUCAGCAACGGCUAUGACACUCCAGUUUCCAUCCAACCCACCGAUGGGAAAUCGAAGAACUUGACUUGUACCAGCGCGUAAGUUUAGCCACUACGAAAAUUACAGUGUUUAGACACUGUACUUUUCGAUUCAAAAUCCAAUACUAUAAUAUAAAAAUUGUUGAUCUCAUUUCUUUUGUAGAACCUGCGCGGAUGCCGGACAGAGCCAAUCGAUCAAGCACGGAGGAAAAUUCUACGUCAUCUACUGUCCUUGA